UGGGGUGCCGAGGAGGCCUAGUGGCGGACGUCCUGGCGGGAGCAGAAGAAAAAGAGUUGUCCUGAUGGAAGAGAGCCGACUCUUGAGAGUCGAUUGUGUGCGAGCUGAGAGAAUUAAAGAAACAGACUACUAAGGCAGUGAGCGAAAAUCUCUUGAGAAGAAAAAGUUAGGAAGUUCCUGCAAGAGUUUUAUUAUGAUGAUGAACUUGGAAAGAAGCAGUUCAAGUAUGGGACCCAGUUGGUUCAUCUGGCUCAUCGGGAACAAGUGGCAUUAUACGUGGACCUAGAUGACGUAGCUGAAGAUGACCCUGAGUUGGUCGACUCAAUUUGCGAGAAUGCCAAGCGCUACUCAAAGCUGUUUGCUGAUGUUGUGCAAGAGCUUCUGCCUGAGUACAAGGAGAAGGAGGUGGUGAGUAAAGAUGUCCUGGAUGUAUACAUUGAGCACCGGCUAAUGAUGGAGCAGCGGAGCAGAGACCCUGGAGCAGUCCGGAACCCUCAAAACCAGUAUCCUUCUGAACUCAUGCGUAGAUUCGAGUUGUAUUUCCAAGGCCCAAGUAGCAGCAAGCCUCGAGUGAUCCGGGAAGUACGGGCUGAUUCUGUGGGGAAAUUGGUAACUGUGCGUGGGAUCGUCACUCGUGUCUCUGAAGUCAAGCCCCGGAUGGUGGUGGCCACAUACACUUGUGAUCAGUGUGGGGCAGAGACUUAUCAACCGAUCCAAUCUCCCACCUUCAUGCCUUUGAUCAUGUGUCCCAGCCAGGAGUGCCAAACCAACCGCUCAGGAGGGCGGCUAUACCUGCAGACUCGUGGUUCCAAAUUUGUUAAAUUCCAGGAAAUGAAGAUUCAAGAACAUAGUGAUCAAGUUCCUGUGGGAAACAUACCUCGUAGCAUCACAGUGGUUUUACAAGGAGAAAACACAAGGACUGCCCAGCCUGGGGACCAUGUCAGUGUCACUGGUAUCUUCUUGCCAAUCUUGCGUACAGGAUUCCAACAGAUGGCACAGGGUUUACUGUCAGAGACCUUUCUGGAAGCCCACCGGAUUGUGAAGAUGACAAAGAGUGAGGAUGAUGCAGCUGGGACCGGAGAGCUGAGCAGGGAGGAACUAAAGCAGAUUGCAGAAGAGGAUUUCUAUGAAAAGCUGGCUGCUUCUAUUGCUCCGGAGAUCUACGGGCAUGAAGAUGUGAAGAAAGCGCUGCUGCUGCUCCUAGUGGGUGGGGUAGACCAGUCUCCUCAAGGCAUGAAGAUCAGGGGAAACAUCCACAUCUGCCUUAUGGGAGAUCCUGGUGUGGCCAAAUCUCAGCUCCUAUCUUAUAUUGAUCGUCUUGCCCCCCGAAGUCAGUACACAACAGGCCGGGGCUCCUCUGGAGUGGGCCUCACAGCAGCUGUGCUGAGAGACUCUGUGAGUGGGGAACUCACCUUAGAGGGUGGUGCCCUGGUGCUGGCUGACCAAGGUGUGUGCUGCAUUGAUGAGUUUGACAAAAUGGCCGAAGCUGACCGCACAGCCAUCCAUGAGGUCAUGGAGCAGCAGACCAUCUCCAUUGCAAAGGCAGGGAUUCUCACCACACUCAAUGCCCGAUGCUCUAUCCUGGCUGCUGCCAAUCCUGCCUAUGGACGAUACAACCCCCGGCGGAGCUUGGAGCAGAACAUACAGCUUCCUGCUGCUCUGCUUUCCCGAUUCGACCUUCUCUGGCUGAUUCAGGACCGGCCUGACCGAGACAAUGACCUCCGGUUGGCGCAGCAUAUCACCUAUGUUCACCAGCACAGCCGGCAGCCCCCUGCCCAGUUUGAGCCUUUGGACAUGAAGCUUAUGAGACGCUACAUAGCCAUGUGCCGCGAGAGGCAGCCCACGGUGCCUGAAUCUCUGGCUGACUACAUCACAGCAGCAUAUGUGGAGAUGCGGCGAGAGGCCCGGGCCAGUAAGGAUGCCACCUAUACUUCUGCCCGGACCCUGCUGGCCAUUCUCCGACUUUCUACUGCUCUGGCUCGCCUCCGAAUGGUAGAUAUCGUGGAAAAGGAAGAUGUAAAUGAAGCCAUAAGGUUGAUGGAGAUGUCAAAGGACUCCCUUCUGGGUGAAAAGGGACCAACAGCUAGGACCCAGAGGCCAGCAGAUGUGAUAUUUGCCACAGUCCGUGAAUUGGUCUCAGGGGGACGAAGUGUCCGGUUUUCUGAGGCUGAGCAGCGUUGCAUAUCACGUGGUUUCACACCAGCCCAAUUCCAGGCAGCUCUGGAUGAAUAUGAGGAGCUAAACGUCUGGCAAGUCAAUACUUCUCGAACAAGGAUCACUUUUGUCUGAUGGCUACCUUUGAGGCUCACCUUCAAUGGCCAGCUUUUAAGGCCCUGCUGCCCACCCACCACCCCAAGAGUGUGUGCUUGAUGCCCCAGAGGGGAAGAUCCCAUUUUCCCAUGCUGCACUUUUUAAUUGUGUUUGUUAAUAAAGUGUUUUGAUCAUG